CAUGUCUGAAUUCUAAAAUGUCAGACAAGUCACAAGUGCGAACAACAUAACUGUUCAAUACUAUCCGUAUAUAAUGAUAAUCGCUGUAUGUUAAUCCACUACAAUACAAACACACACACUACACAAAAUACAGACAUUCUCGCGAAGUUUCAGUAGAUUUCAUUCUUCAUUUUCUUCCACUUCACUACUGAGUUCCUUGAAAGCACUUCGAUUCACGAACUGGGUCCUCCACGGAUCUUGGAUUGAAGCCACAGAUUAUACUGAAAUUGGGUGGACUUUGGAUUUGAUAGCAAGAAAGAAAGAAAAUAACACACCCAGGUUCAAUUUGUGGUUGUUAUCAUGGAUUCUCCUCAGUCAGUUGUGUCGCCAUUCAAAAGCUCUGUUUUUACCGAGCAUGAGAAGCAGAAUGCUGAUUGCUUGUCCAGGGGAAUUGAAUUCCAAAGAAAGGAAGACGGGGUAUAUAGCUCAGAGGGCUUUAUUGGUGUUCUUGAAGUUUUCAUACAUCAGGCUCGGGACAUCCAUAACAUCUGCAUAUACCACAAGCAAGAUGUUUAUGCUAAGCUUUGCCUUACCAGUGAUCCUGAAAAUACAGUCUCCACCCAGAUCAUUAAUGGUGGUGGGAAGAAUCCCGUCUUCAAUGAGAACCUCCGGCUCAAUGUCCGGACCAUAGAUUCCUCCCUCAAAUGUGAGAUAUGGAUGCUGAGCAGGGUGAGGAAUUAUCUUGAAGACCAGUUGCUGGGGUUCGCUUUGGUGCCUCUCUCUGAAGUCCUCAUCAAGAACGGGAAGUUCGAAAAAGAGUUCUCUCUUUCCUCAACUGAUUUGUUCCACUCCCCAGCAGGGUUUGUUCAGUUAUCUCUCUCUUAUAGUGGAGCUUCACCACAAGUGAUGGUCAUUCCUUCACUGCCCACAUCUGCGGCUAGAGAUGCAGUAGUGCAGGAUUCAGAAAUACCUGAAGAUUGUGAGUUUGACAAGAUUGAGUUCCCAGACCCGAAGGUUGUGAACGAGAAUCAGAUGAUGGUUACAGAAUACUUUGGCAUCCCGUGUUCCAAUAUGGACACCCAGAGCCCUGAGAGCUUGGUCUCUUCCGAUAUUGAGAAUCAGACUAGUCCCGAAAUUGAGGUUCAUGUUGUGGAGAGCAUCUCAACCAAAACAAUAAAUUCCAUCCAAAUUCCAAAGCGUCAUUCUCCCCCUAGCAGUGUUUCAACUAAUGACUCUCCAUCUGCUUCCCUUCCUGCAAGUUCUCAGUCCUGUGAUACUCCAGGAACUUCAAAAUCUCCAAAUCAAGAAUUUGUUUCACCUGCCAAUGAAAAUCUGAAAGAGAAAAGAGAAGAUGUUGGAGCUGCUGAAAGUGAUGCCUCAGGUGAGAUGUCUGGUGAUUCAUUUGCAAAGCCUGUUGUCACCCUACCAGAGCAGAAGGUGGUGCAACAGGAGAUAGUGGACAUGUACAUGAAAAGUAUGCAGCAAUUUACUGAGUCGUUGGCGAAGAUGAAGCUUCCUGUGGACAUUAAGAGUGGUACAUCCAGUUCUGAAAAUUCUAGUUCUGAUCAGAAAUUACAGGCGUCAAAGAACACUGGUGCUCGAGUGUUUUAUGGGAGUAGGGCCUUCUUCUGAGCUUUUUGUUUCAAUAAUUUAGAAGAGGACAUACAGGUGACAUUUGACAUUAGAAUCAAGACUAAUGCUUGUAGUAAUGUUAUAAUUGAGUAUGUAAUGUGGUGUUGCCCUUUGUAUGUUGGGAUGUUUUAGAUGAUGGAAAAAUCAUGACUUGUAUGCGGUCCAAACUUUGUACUAUUGCACUUGCUCUUAGUAUAUGUGAGAUUAUUAUGUUUUGUUUA